UUUUUGCAAGCUUUUCCAAACUAUCCAGCGACAUUCUACGUUGCUAACCUUCAGGAUUUUUGUGUUUUUCAAAGUUUUCAUUAUCCGUUUCGUCAGUUUGAAAUUGUGGUAUGUGCUGUGACUGCUGCGUUUGAGAUUCCAGGAAACUGCAGAAUGGCUCAGCCAUCCGGAUUGCCAAUUGAAAAUGACAAGACUUGGCGCUCCAGCAAGAAACUCCACAAACGCACUGCGUAUUUGCUUGAUCAUCCAGACUCGGAGAUACCCAAUGAUAUCACGUUCGUGGUGGGAGAUGGUCGGGACGAACCUAAGAAGACGUUCAAGUGCCACAAGUUCAUAUUGGCGCUGGUUAGUUCGGUCUUUCAUGCCAUGUUCUAUGGGAACUUUGAACAAGUUGAAGUUGUCGAACUGCCUGACAUCACGCCAUUUGCUUUCGAACGUAUGCUUCGGUUUGCAUACGCUGAUGAGUGGACUUUCGAGGACAGUGUGCCGUUGGUCGACAUUCUUAGCACUUUGUACUGCGCAAAGAAAUACCUAAUCAGCAAGUUGUUGCGCGCCUGUCGAGAUCAUGCGCAGUCUCGUGUGGUCGGUUCGGACCCUUCGGAUCCCAUUAUCGCUAUUGAGCAGUCACGCUUUUUGGAUGAGGAAGAUCUCUCGGAUCUUGCAGUUGCGGAAAUCCGUUAUUAUACCCCUUGUAUCCUACGUACUGCCGCUUUUCUGCAGCUUUCCUUAGAGUCGGUAAAGCAGAUCCUGGAACACAACUGCCUAGACGCUACCGAACCGGAAAUCUAUCGAAGUGUUUGUCGUUGGGUGAAGCGCAAUAUGGAUUCUGGCACCGUUACUCUGCGUGAAGGUUUUGGAUCGCUGUUAUAUCUAAUUCGCUUUCCUUUGUUCACUCCUGUGCAGUUGGCGGAAGGACCAGUGGAGGAUGGUGUGUUCUCUCUCGAAGAAGGAUAUAAUUUAUUUAAGUACGCCUUCGCACCUUCCAAGCCUGCAGUGCCCUUUGCCACAGUAUCCCGUACUUCACCUGCUGAAGCAGUCGAUGUGCUGGAGUUUUCACUGGAAAUUUCACGCUCUUCUCGGGAAUCGGCACCAUUGAGGGCUUGCAAUCAGAUCAUUGAAAUUAAUCUACGCCCAGAUCUGGCUCCGGGGUGUAUUGCCUUUUUGAAAGAAAUCGUCGGCGGCGAAUAUUUUUUGCAGUUUGGGGCUUAUCCUAACGAGCACAACAAACAGUGCACAAACGUUCCCCUCACUAUUAAAGACCGGAAUCCCCUGUCGUUUACUGUUAAAGGAGCUUGCUGGUUCGAGUGGGACAUCGAUGACGGCAAGGUGUGCAACUUAAAAAUUGCUGCAUGGAACAAGCCCGCAGUCUGUCACAGUGCGGUGUUUGGUUUUAUCGAAAAUAGUGAUUUUGUUGAAAAACUGUUUCAUAGUUUCAGCGUAUUGGACGAACAUUACGCGGGGCUUUGCGCUGUCGGCAAGUUUCGUUUUAAUGACGACUGAAAGGAAUAGUUAUUGCAUACUGGUGCUUUGUCCAUUAUCAUUAACAUUUUCCUAUUUUCAUCAUUAACAUUAACAUUUUCCCAUUAUCAUUAACAUUUUCAGGUAACAUUUUCCUUCUACAGAUAAAAUUUUUAUCUGUAUAAGGAAAAUGUUAUCUGAGGAUUUUGAUUGUUUUGGUGAUCUCCUCUGUACGUCGGCUGUUUUCUUAAUUCCUUGAAAAUUUCCUGGAAGGAAUGAUUUCACAAACGAGUUUUCAUUGAUACCGGGACAUAAUAACGGAAUGGCCACUUUAAAAGCACUGCAUGAACAGCAACAUAAAAUCAUGGCGAUCAAUAAAAACAAAACUCACAACUAUCAUUCUGAAAGGAUUUGUUAAGUGCGCAACUCGUGCGCAGUGAAAAUCAUACAUUUAAAUAAC